AUGUUUGGUGACUUCUCACUCUCCGAAAAGAUCUUAGUCAUUACCGGUGGCGCAUCCGGUGGAAUUCCUCGAGUAGGGAUUGGCUUCGCUCUCGCAGAGUUAGCUCUUGAGUCCAAUGCGAAAGUGAUUAUCGCCGAUCUGAGACCGACGGCUGAUUCCACUCGGCUGGCGAAGGAUCAUGAUAGGGKUCGCUUCAUAAAAUGCGAUGUGAGCAGGUGGGAAGAACUGUUAGCGAUCAUUCAUUUGUCCGAAAAGGAGUUCGGGGACGUUCCAGACAUUUAUGUAGCAAAUGCUGGGGUUCCGGAGACGGAAAAGAAUAGCUUUUGGGAUGACAAUGAAGACGAACGAUACAGUGCAUUGGAUAUCAACUUUUAUCAUCCCAUCAAGCUCACUCGCCUCGCGAUUCGGGCCCUCCUUAGGAAAAAAAAGAAAGGCGUUGUCAUAAUAACCUCGUCAAUUGCUGGCCUGCAUGGACACUUUUCAACGGCAUUGUACAGUGCGGGUAAACAUGGUACCAUUGGAUUCAUCAAGAGCUUAGCAGCAGCGGAAGAGGAGGCAGAAGUGAAGGUAGUGGGAAUAUGUCCAGGACCUGUUCGUACGCCUUUGAUGACCACACAGGGGGGGAAAUUGAAUCGCAUUGACGAAGGCCCAACUCUAAUCGAGCCAAACGAAAUUGCCAAGAGAAUGAAGGAGCUCAUCGAGCAAGGGAAAUAUCAUGGUGGGGUGGCUUUGGGGGUGUACGGACCGGGACAUGCAGAGGUUGUAGCGGAUGGUUCGACUAGUGUUUUGGAAACUAUGUGCCCUCCCGAUUUGAUUGCUAACCGCCUGAACUUCCAAAUGUUAGCGCACCCGGCUGCUCGUGUAUUGGCCGCGGUUCUACGGCAGCCUAUAGCUCGACCCCUAACGGAUGCCGCAUCCGACUUUGGUUGCGGAACUAAAUCCAUUGAAAGCGUCGUUGUGGUUGGCAAGGGUAACAACUCACCAACUGAACUCUUUGUGCAUUCAAGAAUGAUGGAGGACCUAGGGAGACAUCAAGAAAAGGGAAACCAUACUGAGACAACUUCACGCUCUACAACGGGCUUUGAUGGUAUCUACUGGCUUGCUUCCUGUACUAAACUGGUCACUGGGAUUGCGUGUAUGCAGCUCGUCGAGCAGGGGAAUCUUAGGCUCGAUGACAGCGAUCAAGUGGAAAAAAUAUGUCCAGAGCUAGGCGAUGUCAAAGUCUUGCGGGAAGAUGGAUCGUUAGUCGACAAAAAGAAGCGGAUCACGCUCAGAAUGCUUUUGACUCAUACCGCCGGAUUUGGUUAUUCAUUCUUGAAUGCGAAGCUUCGGACCUACGCUGGUCGAAAAUUUCCUCACCGGCCUGUCUAUGACGAGUUUUCUGGAAGGCUUGAUGAUUUCCUUCAGCCACUCGUGAAUCAGCCUGGAGAACGAUUUGAAUACGGUAUCAACAUUGACUGGGCCGGCAUAAUAAUUGAACGAGUGACGCACUUGAAGCUGAAUGACUACAUGCAACGAUAUAUUUUAUCGCCGUUGAACAUCAAGGAUGUUUCAAUGUUUCCAUCAUCACAUAUGGAAGAACGGCUUAUCGGCCUGUGGCAGCGUGAUGCAAAUGGACAGCUGUCUCGCCGAGAUUAUCCUUUGAACCGGCCGUUGAGUCACAAAUCCACCACGGAUGCAUUCCAUAGUGGCGGGGCGGGCUUAUUUGGAAGCAUUCGGGAAUAUAGCAAGCUUCUCUCGGCACUGCUCAAUGACGGCACGUCAUCUGAGACUGGGAGGACAAUUCUUUUGCCAGCGACAGUCAGAGAAAUGUUUACAAACCAACUUCCCCAACAUCCAGACUUUGCGCGAAGACAUCUACCUGCCGUCAAGCAAGACUUGGUCUAUCCUGUUAAACAGCUUUAUCCCCUUUGUCCGGCCUCCUCCCCUCAAGGAUGGGGUAUUACAUUUAUGAUCUCACCGGGCUUGACUGGGCGCUCCGAUAUGACAGCUCACUGGUCAGGCCUGUCUAAUAUCUUCUGGUGGUGUGAUCGUGAAACCGGGGUUGCAGGCAUUGUUGCAUCGCAGGUCCUUCCUUUUGCCGAUCCAAAGAGUAUUCAGCUAUGGACGGACGUCGAAGCGAAAGUGUAUCAAGGAUUGCAUUAA